AGAAUGUACAGUGUGCAAUGAUGGUAUGAAUGACUAAGUUGUGUUUGUGGGAGAAUAAAUGAGAAUGACUGGAGAGAAUGUGGGUUGGUCAAGUCAUGGGUAGAGCAGGCGAGAGGGUGGAGGGGACUCAGAGGCCAGACUCUGUUGGGUGUUGAUGAAAGGGUCAAUAGAGUCAUUGUAGGUCCUUGAACAAAGGAUGGAUUUAAUGAGAAGUAUUGAGCCCUCUGAUCCAAGAACUCAGGGACAAGGAGUCAGGCACCGGUAAAUUGUGACUCUCCUACUUCUCUUCUGGACCAUCCUGGCCUAAAGAGAUCAGCCAGGAGACAUAAGAUUCCUUGUAGAAAUUUUUGUAUUUACACACCUUACUCACCAUGUUGAGCUCUGCUUGUGACUGUCUGAUGUAUCAACCUGUGGGGAAGUCUCAAGGCUAUGGCUGGAUUCUCUUCAAGAGCUUAUGUUUUUGUGGAAGGGAGAAGGAAAAGCAGAGACCUGACACCCUGAAAACUUGGCCUGGUGCUAUGUCUUCGUGAAGGGUUACCUAUACUACUUUGAUGUGCUCUGUGGUGGCAAGAAAAUUUAACAGGAUUUAUCAUCUGUUUGACCUUAGAGGCUUAUAGUACAUUUUACUGGAAGCAUCUGUCUACUACAUAGGAAACAACUCAUCCCAGUUUAUUGGUGGAGGCCUGAAUUUUGAUCUAUGUCCUCCCUACAUCAGCUGCCUGAAAGUACUUAAUGAUCACAUGACCCUGGACAUGGAUGCUGUCCUGUCAGAUUUUGUCCGUUCCACAGGAGCAGAGCCAGGGUUGGCCCGAGAUCUCCUGGAAGGAAAGAAUUGGGAUGUGAGCGCCGCCCUCAGUGAUUUUGAACAGCUACGUCAGGUCCAUGCUGGGAACCUGCCCCCACCGUUUAGUGAGGGGAGUGGUGGCUCCAGGACUCCUGAGAAAGGGUUUUCUGAUAGAGAGUCUACUCGCCCUCCCCGACCCACCCUACAGCGGCAGGAUGACAUCGUUCAAGAAAAACGCCUGUCUAGGGGCAUCUCCCACGCCAGCUCCAGCAUUGUUUCCCUGGCCCGGUCCCAUGUCUCCUCCAAUGGUGGGGGUGGGGGGAGCAGUGAGCACCCCCUGGAAAUGCCCAUCUGUGCCUUCCAGCUUCCAGAUCUCACUGUGUACAAUGAAGACUUUCGCAGCUUCAUAGAGAGAGACCUCAUUGAGCAGUCCAUGCUGGUUGCCUUGGAGCAGGCAGGGCGUUUGAACUGGUGGGUGAGUGUGGACCCCACCUGUCAGAGGCUCCUUCCUUUGGCAACUACUGGAGAUGGAAACUGCCUCCUGCACGCAGCCUCUCUUGGGAUGUGGGGUUUCCAUGAUCGGGACUUGAUGCUACGGAAAGCUUUGUAUGCACUAAUGGAGAAGGGAGCGGAGAAGGAAGCAUUAAAACGGCGCUGGAGGUGGCAGCAAACUCAGCAGAAUAAAGAGUCGGGGCUGGUAUACACAGAGGAUGAGUGGCAGAAGGAAUGGAACGAGCUGAUCAAGCUUGCCUCAAGUGAACCCCGCAUGCAUCUAGGUACCAAUGGAGCCAACUGUGGUGGGGUGGAGAGUUCAGAAGAGCCUGUGUAUGAGAGCCUAGAAGAAUUCCAUGUUUUCGUCCUUGCCCACGUGCUUAGGAGGCCCAUAGUAGUUGUGGCAGACACCAUGCUGAGGGACUCUGGCGGGGAAGCAUUCGCCCCUAUUCCCUUUGGGGGAAUCUAUCUGCCCUUGGAGGUUCCAGCCAGCCAGUGUCACCGCUCCCCUCUGGUGCUCGCCUACGAUCAGGCCCACUUUUCUGCACUUGUGUCCAUGGAACAGAAGGAGAAUGCCAAGGAACAAGCUGUGAUCCCACUUACAGAUUCAGAGCAUAAGCUGCUGCCCUUGCACUUUGCUGUGGACCCUGGAAAGGGCUGGGAGUGGGGCAAAGAUGACAAUGACAAUGUCCGAUUGGCCAGUGUAAUCCUGUCCCUGGAGGUCAAAUUGCAUCUGCUGCAUGGCUACAUGAAUGUGAAGUGGAUCCCAGUGUCCUCGGAUGCACAGGCUCCCCUGGCCCAGCCUGAGUCCCCGACAGCCUCAGCUGGAGAUGAGCCCCGGUCCACUCCUGAGUCUGGGGAAUCAGACAAGGAGUCAGUUGGCAGCAGUUCUGCCAGCAAUGAGGGCAGCAAGCGGAAAGAGAAGUCAAAACGAGAUCGGGAAAAGGACAAGAAAAGAGCAGAUUCUGUGGCUAACAAACUGGGCAGCUUUGGCAAAACCUUGGGCAGCAAGCUCAAGAAGAACAUGGGAGGCCUGAUGCACAGCAAGGGUUCUAAGCCUGGAGGGAUGGGAACAGGGUCGGGGGUAAGCAGUGGCACUGAGACACUGGAGAAGAAGAAGAAAAACUCACUGAAGAGUUGGAAGGGUGGCAAGGAGGAGGCAGCUGGGGAUGGGCCUGUAACUGAGAAGCCCACAUCUGAGUCUGUUGGUAAUGGAGGGAGCAAGUAUAGCCAGGAGGUGAUGCAAAGCCUGAGCAUUUUGAGGAUUGCAAUGCAAGGGGAGGGGAAGUUUAUUUUUGUUGGAACCCUGAAGAUGGGUCACCGUCACCAAUAUCAGGAGGAGAUGAUCCAACGCUACCUUUCUGAUGCUGAGGAGAGAUUCCUGGCAGAGCAGAAGCAGAAGGAGGCAGAGAGGAAGAUCAUGAAUGGAGGGGUAGGGAGUGGGCCUCCUCCAGCCAAAAAGCCAGAGCCAGAUGGCGGGGAGGAGCUGCUGACUGCCCCUCCAGCAGAGUCCAAGGCGGUGGCAUUGUCUACUGGCUACCCUGGUGGCUUUACUAUCCCUCGGCCUUCUGGGGGUGGAGUCCACUGCCAGGAGCCCCGGAGGCAGAUGGCAGGGGGGCCAUGUGGGGGGGGCCUGCCACCAUAUGCCACCUUCCCCAGACAGUGCCCUCCUGGGCGACCCUACCCCCAUCAGGACAGCAUCCCUUCUCUGGAGCCAGGCAGUCACUCCAAGGAUGGAGUUCACAGGGGUGCAUUGUUACCACCCCACUUCCGCGUGGCUGAUUCCUAUAGCAACGGCUACAGAGAGCCCCCUGAGCCAGAUGGAUGGGCUGGAGGUCCCCGGGGGCUUCCCCCAACCCAGACCAAAUGCAAACAACCGAACUGCAGCUUCUAUGGACACCCUGAGACAAACAACUUCUGCUCCUGCUGUUACAGGGAAGAACUGAGGAGAAGGGAACGUGAACCGGGUGGGGAGCUGCUGGUGCACAGGUUCUGAAUGGGGAAACCUUGGAGGGCAAGGGGGCUAAACAAAGAAAGUUAAGCUUAAUUAAUUGGCUCAUAAGACCCAGCCCCCAUGUUGAUGGGGCAAAUGCAGUAAUGUUUGUGUGAGCCUGGCCAGAAACUUUUAAGUGUGUAUGCUCUGGAGAGCUGCCAGGCUGGCAAGAGCAGGUCAGGGCUGGAUGGUGCCUCAAGGGCUGUACUGGUCCUUUGCCCAUCUUGACUUAAUGGUACUGAGGAGGUACAAGGGGGGAAAGAUGGUAAUUCUGUGUCAUAACCCCUUGGGUCCAUCCCAGGACCUAAGGGAAAGUGUAAGGGAAGAUUUGAUGUGAGGGGGUGGGGAGGUGGGCAGAAGUCUGGGGGAGGAACUGGCAAAGGAGGUUCUCAGUCAAUAAAAGAGAAAACAGACCAAAGUUCUUUUAGGUUGGAAAAAAGCACAUGGUGGUGGAGUUGGGAGUGCGGAGGGAAACUGGGAAAUUAGUCAAAUUUGCUAUUGAGUUGAAUUAAGGUAGAAAUUUAGUGUUGGAUAAAUUUUUCCUCCUGAAGGAUCUGGAAAGACAAGGCAGUAAUGUGUGCUUAUGGAUGCUUAUUAGGAGGGGGCUGGCUUAAAUCAGUUUAGUGAGAUGGGAAAGGGUGGAACUUAAAAGGGGAAUCUUCUUCCUCUUGAGUUUGAUUUCCUUCUAAACAGCCAUCUGUCAUCCCUUCUAGUUCGAGAGAUUGCCAAUUGCCCCCUGUCUUUUUCUCAUCCUUUUUGAGGGCUGAGCUAAGAAGGUUGUGAUUUUUUUUUUAAGACUUUAAUUUUAUUAAAAAACAACAACAACAAAAAAAGUUCUCUCUGGGGAAGGCAAGAGAAUGAUGCGAAGAGCAGCUGUGUGUGUUGAAUUUUCUCCAGGUGAAUUGGUGCAGAGGUGAUCUUUUUUUAACUACUAGCAAUAACCACAUAUUGGGGUUUGAGUGCGCCUUGGGAGGGUGGUGGGAGGAGGACAGACUUUUGGCCAGACUGUUUCAAACAAAACCAAAAACCUAAAUAGAGCACUACCAUCCUCUGCUGCUGUGUUUCUGUAGAAAGCAACUUAUUUUUUGGAAUUUUUUUUUUUUUAAAGAAAAGAAACAAAAAGACCCCAGCAAGCAAAAACAUUAUAAAAAAUAUUUUUUUUUCCUCCUAUUUAAGUGAUUCUUUCUCCUUCCUCUCUACUUUUGGAGAAUGAACUUAACAUCCCGGCUUCUUUUGUUAAGCCAUAGCUGACCUUAAUCUGUGGUUAGUUUAUUAAAAUAAUAAAAAUACUUUGUAAGAAGAGAUAUUUUUGAUAAUAGGACUGAUGUUGAAACUUGGGGUAGGGGUUAGGGGCAAUUUAUAAAAAGGUAGAGAAAUAUAUUUUAGUGAACUGUAACCACAGAUCACAGAUUACUCCCAAUGAGCUGAUCUGUCUUUGGAUUUCCCCCUUCCCCUUCCCCCGCCCCCCAACCCAUCCUUUUCCCCAGAGGGUGGGAGUGGGUCUGUGGACACAGUAGGGGGGAGCUCCUUUGCAUUUUGCACAAAGCACAAGUCUGGACAGCCUAUGCUCUGGCCAGCACCAUUUCUAAGAGCUUUAAACUGGAGGACCUAUCCUGGGCCAAUUUUCCCUUUUCUUUAAAUUUUUUUUUUCUGGGGGAAAAAAAAAACUCAACUAUGCAAUUGUAUACACUCCUGGGUGCAUAUGAGGAAGGGGAAUAAGUGUACUUAAGUGUCCAGAGUGUUAAUUGGGGCUAUUUUUCUGUAUUUGGAUUUCUCUUUUGAGGUAUGUACUCAUAAACCAUCCUGUGGAAUGUAAUCCCCACAUUUGAUCCAAGGCAGACAUGGGCUGGGUGUGUGUGUUAGGGGAACUCGUGUUUGGCCUGUGUUGCUUCUGCCCAGUCAGGAAAGUUGUCAUCCCAUCUCCCCUUUGGUAACAAAGCCAGCCAAGACUGUCCUAUGCAUUGGAACUGCUCACAAUUUAGAAAGUUUCCUUUCUCCUCAACAAACUUGAAAAGUCACCUAUUUUCUAAAUCUGAUUGUUGAUUUAAUAAUUUCCAUGGCUGUUAAUUCUUAGGCUUUUAUUUGAAAACAAACCUGGUGUUAAGGAAGCAAUGAGGUCGAAGGAGAUAGGUUCCAAAGGAGGGUAUGUAUAUAUUUCUGGGCAGGACUGGGACUAGUGUGAGACAAGCACGCCCCUCAGGUUCAAAACUUAAGGAGAUACCAGAAACUUAGUAAUCAAGAUAAAUACUGUUUUAAUGCAGUAUUUUUAAAAAUUAAUGCAAAAAAUCCAUGAUGAGCAAAAUAUCAGAAUCUUAAAAAAGACAGAAUCCAACAGGACUGGGGUUAGAGUGAGGGAAGGAACGCUGAACUGAGCAAGUACGGGUUGAAUCCUGUCUUUAUUUAAAAUUUUGAUACUUUAUUCAUUGUGGAUUUUUUUACAUUAGUUUUGAUUUUCAAAAUAUACUGUGUUAAAAUAGUAUCUUGGUUACUGGGUUUUGGGGCACCCCUUAAAUUUUGUGCCCAAAGUGAGUGCCUUGCUCACCUUACCCUGUUUCCGGGGUUAGAACAACACUGGUGAGACCACCACCUUAUGAACUUCGUCCCCUAACAUGCACCCAAACAACAGGUGGCUCAAACUCACACCAAGACUUUGCAUAGCUCACCUAGCUUUCCCAUAGGCAUCCAUCUAUAUCAUAGGAUUUUGGCCUGGACCAAUAGAAAUGGAAACAGACCAGGGACUUUCCCAGAGAAUAAAACCAGGAAAGUUGAUUCUCCACUGGACUGCUGUGUUUGGAUUUGAUCUCUUAUUAGAUUCUAGUUAAUACUUUUGUUUUUAAAAACUGAGGACAAAUGAACAAAAAUGGAAACCUUGUGUCAUGUUUGCUUUUGUUCUGAUUUAUAAAUGAACCAAUCCCAAUUGCUUUUGACUUCUUUUCAAAUAAAAAAGGUGGAAAUUCUGGUGGGUGGCCUAGGGGUGAAUAUGGUAAAAUAGGGCUUUAUUUAGGCCCUCUAGCUUUUUCAUUAAGAAAUAAAUUUUUUUUUUAAUUUGGGAA